CUCUGAUAAAUUUGUCGAAGAAAAACCCAACAGACAAGGGAAGUCCGACUGGUCUACAUUAGUGUUGUCCUUCAACAUAAAGUAGCAAGAGAGGUGAUUUUGGUUGACCACGAAGAUGAAGUACACAUGCUACUAGGUACUAUUUAGUCGGUUAGUUAGUGUGGUACUGAAACGUUGGAGUUGGAGAACAAGAGCAAAAUGACCCGUUUGGCGUAUUUUAGCACGUGCUGUAUCGUGUUUGUAGGCGUUUUGGCAGUGGUUGGCUGUGAGAAAUAUAAAUUAUGCAUUGUCGAUGGCAAGGGAAGUUUAAAAAAAUCUCAACGAUAUUGUCCAGAUCUAGAUGUAGCUGACAGUAAGGUGGAAUGUGUUGUAGCACCAGAUAGAACUGACUGUCUCAGACAAAUACUCAAAGGUAAAGCAGACUUUUCAGUAUUUUCUCCAGAAGAUCUUGUAGCGGCAAACAAUGAAGGAGUACAGAUUCUAGUCACAAAUGAACUGCGAUAUGUAAAUACACCUUUCGAUUAUGAAGUCGUUGCUGUAGUUGAUAAGAAAUCGAGGAUAAAAAGUCGACAUGAUCUUAAAGGAAAGAAUUACUGCCAUCCUGGCCAUGGAUAUGAAACCGACUGGACAAAGAUUCUUGCAAAUUUCUUUGAAGCAUCUGUGACCACUCCAUCUUGCGAUCCAUUACUAUCAUUGUCUGAGAACAGAGUUAAAGCCUCGUCUGAGUUUUUUGGAGCAGCUUGCAAGGCUGGACCUUGGGUUCAUGAUCUCUCUCUAGAUAUGCAAUUAAAAAGAAAAUAUUCCAACCUUUGCGAUCUUUGUGGCGAUCCCGAAAAAUGUUCGAUGGAGGAUAAAUAUUGGGGACGCAGAGGAUCUCUGUUCUGUCUUACGGAUGGAGCUGGAGAUAUUAGUUGGGCCCGUUUGGACGAUGUCAGACCUCAUUUCGGAUUAGUUGCCGGACCGUCAGAAGCAACAGCAGACGGAUAUUAUUUCUUAUGUCCCAAUGAUUCUAUAAUGCCGCUAAACAGUACGAAUCCUUGUGUUUGGGUCGUUAAACCAUGGCCAGUUGUAGCAACUAGAAGGACAGUAGCAGACGACAUUCAAAAAAUAGUGACUCCCUUAUCACACAAUGACAGAAUUUCGUGGAGAUACAGUUUACUGAUGCUUCUUGAAACGGCUUAUACAACGUUUUACAAGCUACCAAACAUCGAUCCUAUCGAGACGUAUUUGGAUCAAGCAACUGGUUACCUUAGCGCCAAUAGCUUCUCAGGUUGCCAUCCUCCACGUACUAUAACGAUCUGCACAACUUCCAUCAAAGAACACGCGAAAUGUUCCUGGAUGCGCGAAUCAGCUUCAGUCUAUGGUAUUGAACCAGAUUUGGAGUGUGUUAAAGCAGAUAACAAAAGUCACUGUAUGUGGGCUUUGAACAAAAACAUUGCUGAUGUAGUGAUCCUACCGACUGAUCUAGUUCAUCAAGCACAAACUAAGUAUAAUCUGACAACACUCUUCUACGAAACCGUAUUGGACGAUGAAAAAUACAUCACCGUAGUAGCAACAACAAGCAAAAUAAGCAGUAUGGAAGACCUAAGAGGCAAGAAAAUUUGCUUCCCCGUCUACGAUGGAGUUGCUUGGAAUACUGUAAAGAACGUUUUGUUCAACAGAUCCCUUAUCCACAAAUGCCCCUUGGACAUAGAAAUGGCCAACUUCUUUGGACCAAGUUGUACACCUGGUGUUCCAAAGGAAAGUGGUUUUGCAAAGCUAAAUGAGUUAUGCCAAGGCGACACUUUUGAUGGAGAACUUGGAGCCCUACAUUGCUUGACUAGUGGAAAGGGAGAGGUGGCGUUCGUCUCUAAAAACUCUAUUUCUAAAUUUAUGGCAGCGUACCACGUAAACGAAAUCAAACAGAUCCAAGUGAGUUGCACAGACAAAACAUCUGCGUGCCAACUGAGUUGGGCGCCUGUUGGUCAAGCCAUGGUAAGGGGCAAUUCUACAGAACUCUGGAAAAAAGACACUCUAGACGUUUUCCUACAAUUAGAUGAACUUUUUGGAAAGAACUACAAAUCUACGACCAAUGCGUUUACUAUGUUCGGAAGCUAUGACGACGAACAUGACUUAUUGUUCCACGAUGUGACACAGAAGUUGAGGACUGUACCGACCCUGAAAGAGAACGAUCCAAUGACGUCGAUGUACGAAACUUCAUUAAAGAGUGACCUUAAAUGUUCGAUUUCGGGUUCGAGUAUUACGAGAUCUUCAUUUUCAUUGUUUUUAUUUGUAACCUGUUUAUAUUUAGUUUAUUUCGUUAAGAAUGUUUUACUGUGAGUCGACAGUGGCGGCGCAUUGGGCACUACGCAUGAAAGUUUUCAAAAAGACAAGUCUUAUGUAUUCUAUUGUUUUAUAUUCCUGUUUAAAUCUAUUGGUUUAUUUCAAAAAUAACCUUUUUGCUUUAAUCUUUGAUUAACUAAUCCGAUAUCUUUGUAUGCUGGUAUCUAGAUCGAGUGAUUAAACUGUAGUCAUACUUAUCAAAAUUUUUAAUCUGCUAGUGCACAAUGACGCUGCUGUUAUAUUUAACUGAUUAUUACUGUGAUAUAUGAUCUGAAUGUAAAAUAAAGUGUUUUUAGUAUAC